GAUCGCCUCACCCCUCGGAGCCCUCAUCGGGCUCCUUGCCGGGCCCCUCUACUCACCUCGAGCCUCCCUCCCUCGGUGUCCCUCGCAGCCCCUGGCUCAGGGGGCUCCCGGAUCCCUAAAGCAGCUCUGGGUGACGCCAAGAAGAUUUGAUGAAGUAGCCCUCUGUGGAAGGAUCUGCACGGUACCCUAAAUAAAAAUGCCUUUCCAUGUAGAAGGACUGGUUGCUAUUAUCCUGUUCUACCUCCUUAUAUUUCUGGUUGGAAUAUGGGCUGCGUGGAAAACCAAAAACAGCGGUAAUGCAGAAGAGCGCAGCGAAGCCAUCAUAGUUGGGGGCCGCGAUAUUGGUUUGUUGGUUGGUGGUUUUACCAUGACAGCCACCUGGGUUGGAGGAGGCUACAUCAAUGGGACAGCAGAAGCAGUGUAUGGGCCAGGUUGUGGUCUAGCUUGGGCUCAGGCACCCAUUGGAUAUUCUCUGAGUCUAAUUUUAGGUGGUCUGUUUUUUGCAAAACCUAUGCGUUCCAAGGGAUAUGUGACUAUGUUAGACCCAUUUCAACAGAUCUAUGGAAAGCGCAUGGGUGGGUUGCUGUUCAUCCCUGCACUGAUGGGAGAGAUGUUCUGGGCUGCAGCAAUUUUCUCUGCAUUAGGGGCCACCAUCAGCGUGAUCAUUGAUGUGGAUGUGAACAUAUCGGUCAUUGUCUCUGCACUCAUUGCCAUUCUUUAUACCCUAGUGGGUGGGCUCUACUCUGUGGCAUAUACUGAUGUUGUACAGCUAUUCUGCAUUUUUAUAGGACUGUGGAUCAGUGUCCCUUUUGCCCUGUCACAUCCUGCAGUCACCGACAUCGGAUUCACAGCUGUGCAUGCUAAAUACCAGAGUCCCUGGCUGGGAACCAUUGAAUCAACUGAAGUCUAUACCUGGCUUGAUAAUUUUCUGUUGUUGAUGCUGGGUGGAAUCCCAUGGCAAGCCUACUUCCAGAGAGUCCUCUCUUCAUCCUCAGCCACCUAUGCUCAGGUGCUGUCCUUCCUGGCAGCUUUUGGCUGCCUGGUGAUGGCUCUACCCGCCAUAUGCAUAGGAGCUAUUGGAGCCUCCACAGACUGGAACCAGACUGCAUAUGGGUUUCCAGAUCCCAAGACCAAGGAGGAAGCAGACAUGAUUCUCCCGAUUGUUCUGCAAUACCUCUGCCCCGUAUACAUUUCCUUCUUUGGGCUUGGUGCUGUUUCUGCUGCUGUCAUGUCCUCAGCUGACUCAUCCAUCCUGUCAGCGAGUUCCAUGUUUGCUCGGAAUAUCUAUCAGCUUUCCUUCAGACAAAAUGCAUCAGACAAGGAAAUUGUGUGGGUCAUGAGGAUCACUGUGUUUGUGUUCGGAGCUUCUGCAACAGCCAUGGCUUUGCUGACAAAGACUGUGUAUGGGCUCUGGUACCUGAGCUCUGACCUUGUCUACAUCAUCAUCUUCCCACAGUUGCUUUGUGUACUCUUCAUCAAAGGAACCAACACUUACGGGGCAGUUGCUGGUUAUAUUUUUGGACUUUUCCUGAGAAUUACUGGAGGAGAGCCAUAUCUGUACUUGCAGCCCUUAAUCUUCUACCCUGGUUAUUAUCCUGACAGGAAUGGUAUAUACAAUCAGAGGUUCCCAUUUAAAACUCUCUCCAUGGUUACUUCAUUCUUUACCAACAUUUGUGUUUCUUAUCUAGCCAAGUAUCUAUUUGAAAGUGGAACCUUGCCUCCAAAAUUAGAUGUAUUUGAUGCUGUUGUCGCAAGGCACAGUGAAGAGAACAUGGACAAGACCAUUCUAGUCAGAAAUGAAAACAUCAAAUUAAAUGAACUUGCACCUGUGAAGCCUCGACAGAGCCUAACACUCAGUUCAACUUUCACCAAUAAAGAGGCCCUCCUUGAUGUUGAUUCCAGUCCAGAGGGAUCUGGGACUGAAGAUAACUUACAAUGACCCCAUCUAAAAUAUACAGAAGAGGGCAUUGCCGUAGGGUAGUACUGGAAAAAAGGUUUGGAGCAUACCUUACACAUGUUAAAAUAUAAAUGUUUAGAGGACAAAGUUUUGCAGAAAUAAAAUAAGUUAUAAUGGAUGAGUUCAGAAAAAAAUAACAGUUGCACAGUGAGAAGGAAUCAAGCGUGAAGGCAACAGCGUUGUUUCUCAUCAUAGCACUUUUAAUUUCUUUUCUUUUUUUUUUAAUUCUUUUGGUUUUUCGAGACAGGGUUUCUCUGGCUGUCCUGGAAUUCACUCUGUAGACCAGGCUGGCCUUGA